CACCAUCAAUAAUUGAUUUUUUGUGCCUACAAAUUUCUACUUGUAUUCUAUAUACAAUUUCACACCCCAAUCUUCAAAUCCCUGCACCAUUUUUUUGUUCUGUUAUCGUAAACAUGUGGAGCAAUCUUCCCUUUGAUCUCCUAGCCAACAUCUUAUCCUUCCUUUCUUCAGACUCCUUGGCUAUGGCUAGCUCAGUUUGCCAGCACUGGCAUUCUUGUUCCAGGGCCUACAACCUCCAAUAUACUGUCAAAGACCGCCUCGCUUGGCUCGUGGUUUUCCCGACACGUAACCGCAGCCCGUGUUGCUAUGUUCACAAUCCGGUUAUUGAUAAGUGGCAUGUGUUAUCGCUCGACUUCUUGCCCGACCCUGUUCGGCCCGUUACCUCAAUUGGUAGCCUUCUUCUUUUAAGACCUACGAAUUCUAUAGUUCUUCAGUUGGUUUUGUGUAAUCCGUUUACCAGGCAGUUUAGGUACCUCCCAGUGUUGAAUAUGGCUAGAACUAACCCAGCUGUGGGUGUUGUGGUGGAAAGCCAGACCAAACAAGGCCCAUUUCCGUCUUUUAGAGUCUACGUGGCAGGUGGGAUGUCGGAGGUAGCAAGCGGCGGCGCCAUGUAUGAGCCCACAUUAGAAAUGUACGACUCGAGGUACGACACAUGGAAAAUAGUGGGGCCAAUGCCGGUGGAAUUCGCGGUGAGACUAACGGUUUGGACCCCAAACGAGAGUGUAUACACCAACGGAGUGCUAUAUUGGAUGACUUCCGCCCGGGCCUAUAGUGUAAUGGGCUUCGAGAUCAUAUCAAACACAUGGCGCGAAUUAAGCGUCCCAAUGUCAGACAGGUUAGAAUUUGCAGCAUUGGUGCAACGAAACGAGAGGUUAACACUAGUCGGUGGCACCUGCGGUGGCGGUGGCGGUGGCGACGCUUGCGUGUGGGAGCUUAGUGAGGGUGAGAUUUGGUGCUUAAUAGAGAAGGUGCCAAUGGAAUUGGGGAUGAAACUAUUGGGGGGAAAGCCAAGUUGGGGAAGCACAAAAUGUGUGGGUGGCAAUGGUGCAAUUUGCCUGUAUAGAGAACUUGGGUCAGGGAUGAUAAUUUGGAGAGAGGUCGAGGAAGAAGAAAAGAGAAGGAGAUGGGAAUGGAGUUGGGGUGAUGGGUGUUGUUUGGUUAGAGGGAAAAGAAUCCAAAAUUUGGCAAUAAAAGGAGUGUUGCUUCAUCCAAGCCCUCUUGCUUUCUGAACAAAAAACAUUGAUUGAUG